AACCAAAUACGACUCAGAUCCACCUGAUGCAUAUGAUCUGAUGAUCGUAUAUCCAGAACAGGCUAACGAAACGUCUCUUCCAUUCUUGACCCUCAAAUGUAUUGACAUAGCUCAGCUUCGAGACAACGCUCAUAUGGGCGGAGGCUACGGGGGCAAUAACACCAACAGAUGGCAACAGAAGACAUUGGAAGGGUCUAACAUUAUUUAGCAGAAAUCCCCCUACAAGAAGCCUUACAGCAACUUCGGGGACCAGAGUUAGGCCUGGAAGAAUUUCCUAGCCCAGUGUAAAGAGUCGCAGAACCUUUAGAGCAGCAAACCAAUGGAAUAUGACCCAAAUCCCUAGCCCUUCAAGCGGUGAGACACCACGAUUACCAUUGACGACGCUUGGAGAAUGAGACAGUAGGUCGGGUGAGAACGGCUUGGCAACGAUGAUUACCAUUGACGACGCUUGGAGAAUGGUGGCUACUGCGAAAAUGAUUGGUUGCCGAAACAAUGGCCUGAUUGGUUGGCUAGCCUUGUGACAUCAAAUUAUUUUUAGACCGAGGGGUUUCCGGAAUUCCUCGUACAUACAUCAGUGGCAUGAUGUACAGCGUAGCGUGGCGGAUCGAGGCUGUAGCUAAUACAUUUAUUUUCCAGGGGAACUCGAUGUAGGCCUACAGUAAUUGGCAACAUGAAGGAGGCUGGGACAAAUAACCUAAAUGAUUGGCUUGCAGGAGCAUGUGGAGGGGUGGUUGGCCUGGUCGUUGGCUUCCCUCUAGAUACCACCAAGGUUCAGCUGCAAACGGCAGCAGACGGAGCGGAGAGAAUACGAAUUAUUGAUAUGUUCAAGAAAAUCAAAACAGAUGGGAUGUUCACUGGAUUCUUCCGUGGUUUAACCAUGCCCUUGUGCUCCUAUGCAUUUUUCAACUCGCUCUAUUUUGGAGUCUAUGGGCAGGCUCUGAAGAAAAUAAGGGAAUGGAAAGGUCAGACUGAAUCGACUUACUUGGAUAUCAUGAUGGCUUCAUUGUGUGGCGGGUUGUCAACACUGAUCCCAUCAUGUCCGAUAGAGGUCAUCAAGUGUACGCUUCAAGCUCAAGUUGGGAACAAACACCUUGCCAGUCACCACACAACCAAGUAUUACAGUGGACCAAUUCAUUGCAUGGCCUCAAUCUUUAAACAGCGUGGUCUGCGAGGACUCUACAAAGGUGUUGGCAUCCAGGCAACGAGGGAGGUCCCUGCUAGCAUGGUAUACCUUCCAGUGUUUGUAUUCUAUGAUGAAAUGCUAGGAAAGUAUACACCCUUACACGCUAAUGGAAUAAUAGCUGGCAGUAUAGCUGGAGGACUUUCAGGAGUGACAAUGUGGACUACAAUUAUGCCUAUAGAUGUGAUCAAAACGCGGCUCCAAUCAGACAGUCUUGGGGUAAAAUAUAAAGGGAUUGUGGACUGUGCUGUCAAAACAUAUAAAAGCGGUGGUAUCAGAACUUUUUAUAGUGGGCUCCUGGUUUGUGCUAUAAGAGCAUUUCCCUGUAAUGCUGCUAUCCUGGCUGUGUAUAAAAAGACUUUACACUAUCUCAAUAGUUUGAGUGCAACUAGUGUCAGUCAUCCAGAGGUCUUGUAUCCCAGCGAAAGAGAACAUAACUAGUCUUAUGUGAAGCAGUUUCAAUAGUGUAAACAUGAAAUCGGUGCAUGACUUCUGCAUGGUGGUGGUACAUGUAUAAGGCGUGAAAUUUGAUAUGCUCACAAUUUAGGUAUAUAUUGACACAUCUACUGUCAAUCCUUCAGUUCGUGGAAUUGGAAAUGGGUGAUUUGUGUAUUUAGUACUUCUGGGUCACGGGGACAGUCAUUUACUCUAGCCAGUGUUCUUUAUUUAGAUUUGAAUGCAUUUCUUGGUCGGUGAUGACAACUCAGCAUCUAUCUGUGUCUUAGUCAUUGGCACUGAAAGUACUGUAGUAUCAUUCUAUAAUAAGGUGCCAAAUUAUUGUUAACUGAAGGUCUGAAACAGGCAUAUUAUUGUCUUGGGAAGUGUGCUUUGCUUCAGAUCAUUUUUAAUGUUGGAGACUGUUACAUGU